AACUAUAUCUGAUAACUUACCUUCAUUACAGUUACCUAUCAAGGCAAUAACCAGGCUGAACUGUAAUUCUGGUAAAAUCAUUGACAAAUGCUCAUCAUGACAAUUCAUGGUGAUAAUAUUUGAACUCCGAAGGGAAGACUGUCAAGAUAGCUUUCUGCACAGGACAGCUCUGAAGAAGGCAGCAUGUCGGUGUCGGCGCCGGCCAGCUGGUCCAAGUCGCAGAACCCGUACCGGACGGCUCCGGCGCGGCGGCACCGGCGCCACCUGGUCAGCCUGCGCGAUGUCAGGUCGCAGACGCCCUGUCUGGGGGAGCGGAGCGGCCUGGCGGCGCUGGCCGCCGCGCCCGUCACCACGGCCGCCUCGCCGCCGUCCACCGCCACCACUCCCCUCUGUCGGCGGGCGCGCGAACUAUCCGACAUCGACCCCAAAUACGUCUCACAGAGCGGGCUGUGCCUCUCCUCGGACAUGGAGACGUCCCGCGGCAGUAUCCGCAUCCAGCACCUGACAGGCACGCGGCCGCCGGUCGGCGAGCCGCGCUUCCCCAAGCUGGAGGAGUGCGCCCACUUCCAUUACGAGGUGGUCGAGCUCGGCCCGCUGCUGGUGCAGCUGUACGACGAGGAGCUCAAGUGGUCGUCGCACGCGCCGGACGAGGAGGCCGCCAGCUACCUGUCACUGCAGGUGACCUCGUUCGGCCGCUCCUGGGUGCUCCGACGCACCUACGACAACCUGCGGCUGCUCGACACGCAGCUGCACCAGUGCGUCUACGACAGAAAGUACUCGUGUCUGCCCGAGCUGCCGCUCGAGGAGAACCUGGCGCCCAUCGGCGACAGCCUACAGGAGGCGGUCGAGGCGCUGGUGGCCGACUACCUGCAGCGGUUCUCUCAGAUCGCCGGCCCGCUCAUCAACUGCGCGCCGAUCCUUAACUGGUUCGAGCUCGACAACCGCGGCAACCGGCUGCUGGUGGCCGACGACUCGGACAUCAACACGCCGGCCGUGGCCGCCGCGCUCGUCGGGAAACGCUACGUGGCACAGGCCAGCGACGAAAUCAGCCUGGAGGUGGGAGACAUGAUCUCUGUGAUCGACAUGGCUCCGCCGGACGAGUCGGUCUGGUGGCGCGGUAAGCGCGGCUUCGAGGUGGGCUUCUUUCCGUGCGAGUGUGUGGAGCUGAUCGGUGAGAAGGUGCCGUCGCAGCUGGCCGAGGUGGCCGCCCGGCCGCGCCGCUCGGCCACGCUGCAGCAGCAGCCCAGCCGGCCGGUGCUGCGCAAACACGGCAAACUGAUCGCCUUCUUCAGGAGCUUCAUCCAGACCCGGCCGUCGCGGCGCAAGCUGAAACAGUCGGGCAUCCUCAAGGAGCGGGUGUUCGGCUGUGACCUGGGCGAGCACCUCAUGAACACCGGACGCGACAUUCCUGUGGUGCUGCGCAGCUGUGCCGAGUUUAUCGAGGCGCACGGCAUCGUGGACGGCAUCUACCGGCUAUCUGGCGUCAACUCUAACAUCCAGCGGCUCAGGAACACGUUUGACGAGGACCGGGUACCGGACCUGGCGGACCCGAGCGUGCGCCAGGACAUCCACAGCGUGUCGUGUCUGCUCAAACAGUACCUGCGAGAGCUGCCCAACCCGCUGCUCACCUACCAGCUGUACGACAAGUUCGUGUCGGCCGUGCAGAGCGGCGACGACCAGCGCCUGCUGCGGAUGCGAGACGUGGUGCAGCAGCUGCCGCCGCCCCACUACAGGACCCUGGAGUACCUGAUCCGGCACCUGUCGCGAGUCUCGGCUCACGGUCACAGCACGGGCAUGACGCCCAAGAACCUGGCCAUCGUGUGGGCGCCGAACCUGGUGCGGAGCAAGGAACUGGAGGUGGGCGGCGUGGCGGCGCUCCAGGGCGUGGGCAUCCAGGCGGUGGUAGUCGAGUACCUGAUCCGCUACUGCGAGCUCAUCUUCAGCGACAAGCUGCCGGCCUUCUGCCCGGAGCUGGCGCCGCAGACGCGCACGCCCAAACGCUCCCGGCCCAAGUCGCUGGCCAUUUCCACGCCGACUAAGCUGCUCAGUCUGGAGGAGGCGCGCUCCCGGGCGCUCGGCGUCUCGGCCAAGGCCGACCAAAAGUACAUCGAAGUCGGCGGCGGCCCGUCCCAGCUGCCCACCAAGUACCACACGGUCAUCGAGCUGCCGCAGCGCAAGACGGGCUCGCUGAAGCUGGGCCGGUCGCCGCUCGGCUGGAAGUCGCUGUUCCGCGGCCGGCCGGCCAAGGCGCACCAGCGCAAGGGCUCCGAGCCGAUCGACAUCGGACUGACGGACAAGACGCUGACCGAGUCCGACCUGACCCAGGGCCGGAUGCGCACGCGCCGCCUCCGCUCCGUCAAAUCGGCCGACUCGCUGGUCUCGCUCUGCCACGCCGAGAGCCAGCGCGGCUCCAUGCUGCUGGACGCCAGCCCCAGUCCGGUGACGCUGCCGGCCUCGGCGCCGGCGGCCGAGGCGGCCGCGCUCCGCUCGUGCUCCGAGUCGGACACGGCCGAGGCCGCCGAGCCGGCGGUGCGCGCGCACGCCCGCUCCGUGUCGCACGACUCGUACUUCAACAGCCUGCUGGAGCUGAAGCUGCCCUUCUGCGACGCCGAGGAGCGGCUGGAGGAAGAGGAGGAGGAGCUGCACACCCAGUACUGCUUCGACGACAGCGACAUGCGCGUCUUCAGCGAGGACGAGACGAUGCGCGCCUCGGACUCUGCCGGCUGGCGCGGCCGGAUCCGGCAGCUGACCUCCCCGCCGAGGGUGCGGCGCGCCGCCCGCUCAGAGGAUGGCGGCGUGAAGCGCGCCGCCUCCGGCUCCUUCCGCGACAAGGUGCUGUCGGCGCUGAGCCCGGGCGCGCGCCGGCGCGCCGAGGAGGCCGCCGCAGAGGCGGGCGGCUCGCCGCGCGUCAAGGUGCGCAAGAAGGCCUCGGUCGAGACGCUGACCUGCUCCGAGUCGACCAGCGUGGACGUCUCCUCGCUGCGCACGGACGGCUCGGUGGGCGGCGCGCUGUCCGAGGGCGGCACGCCGCCGGCCGCCCCCGCCGCCGCCCCCGCCGGCCGGCAGGUGGUGGCCGAGGUGCACGUGUCGCCCGAGCCCAGCACGUGCCAGGACAUCAUCCUGCUGAGCCCCAUCAGCGAGUGCACGGCCUCCAGCGCCGAGCAGUACGUGCGCCAGUCGGUCAGCUCGCCGGCCGACGACGUCACCGAGCGCGACGUGUCUGAGAUCGCCGACUCUGACGGCGCACUCACGCCGGCCGCCGACGCCAACCGGCUCUCGACGCUGGUGCCCGAGGCGCUCGAGCUGCUGGACCGCCGGCUCAACUCUGAGAGCUUCCGCCGGGCGGUGGCCGACGCGGCCGCCGGCGGCGCCGACGGCGACGACACCUACGAGAACAUCUCGCCGGUGGGGCCGGCCGACGAGCGCACGCCGCACGCCGAACACGCCGAUGACUGCUACGAGCCCGUGUCGUUCGGCGCGCCGGGCGGCGACGGCGCCGGCACCGCCGUCUAUGAGAACGCGGCGUUCGCCAGCGCGGCGGAGGUGUGGCAGCCGCGCUCGGCGCCGGCGCCGGCCGCGGACGGCGACGGCGGCGAGCUGGUGUACGAGAACGUGUCGCCACCGGCGCCGGACGCCGUGCACCAGCAGGUGCGCGUGUUCCGCGACUCGCUGCAGCAGGUGAACGCCCUGGUGGGCGGUGGCGCCGGGGCCGAGGCCGCCGAGCGGCCGGCCGCCCCGGCGCGCCGCUCGUUCGUCGAGCCUGGCGACUCGGCGGCCGCCGGCGGCUGCUCGCCGACCCGCUCGUGCCCGACGUUCUCUGACGGCUCGCCGAGUCCGACGGACGUGCGCUACAGUCAGCUGAGCUCAGCGGCCAGCUCGCCGGACCGGCUGCCCGGCUCCGCCGACCUCACCACGGCGGCCACCUGCUCCGACACGCUGGACGAGCGGCCGCUGCCGUCCGAGGCCGAGCGCUGCCCGCCGCCCGACGGCCGACAGUCGCCGGCGAGCGACGGCGCCGACGACCAGCCGCGGCUCGGAGCUGCGGGGCUGGAAAGUGAUCUGACCGCGUCCGGGGCGGCCGGGGGUUCCAAGGAGGGCGGUUUGACCUCGUCUGGUGCUGCUGCUGAGGCCGGUCCGACUCUGUCCGGAGCAGCUGCGGACGACGGUCUGAUCUCGGGAUUACAUGCGGAGGACGGUCCGACGCCGGCCGGAGCACCUGCGGAGAUCGGUCUGACCGUGUCCGGAGCAGCUGCGAAGGACGGUCAGACUCCGGCCGGAGCCGCCCCGCCGGAGCUGCAGGGAAGGUUGGAGGACAGUGUGGCGGAGGAGCUGGUGUCGCCUGUGACGGGAGAGCCGCUGUCUGAGGACACGACCGUGGACUACCUGCUGGAGGAGCUGGGCUCGGAGCUGACGGCCGAGGCCUGUGCUGAUCUGAUGGUGGCCGUUGCUGGCCGGGAGUGUUCUGUCGGCGGGACUGGCGCAGCCCCGCCGCCGGCCGGGACAGAGGGCGUGCCGCCGCCCGAGAGUCGAGUCUCAGGAGAAGAAUCUGACGGAGGCGGUCCGGGAAGCGACCAGGAGUCGCCGGACGCUCCGACCCCUGACCGGGAAUCUGCGCCACUGGAUCUGACCGGUCACCGAGUGAGUCUCGGGCCGGAGGAGGUGUCCGCACUCGCAGAUCUGCUGCACGGCGACUGUGCGGCGCCGCCGGAGGACCUGCUGUCGCCCAGCCCGCUGCCUCCGCCGCCGGCCGACGAGAACGGAGCGGAGGGCAGUGACGCCAGCGGGACGGAGUCUUCGGAGUCGCCGGCGGGCGGCGCCACUCCCCCGCGGCCGGCCGGCGACAGCGGACUGGGCUCGCCAGAGGGGGGACUGGUGGGCGCGGCGCGAGCCAGCCCCAGCCCCAGCCCGAGUCCGAGCCCGAGCGGCAGCGGCAGUCCCAGUCCGCCGGCCGCUGUGUGUCCGGCGCCGGUCCAGUCUGCGGCGGUCGCUGAGCCGGACUCUGAGGAGCGGGCGCCGCCGCCGGCUCGGGCCGGCGAGCCGGCGCCCGCCUGGCUGCGCUCCGACCUGCGCCGGCUCAGCGACCGGCGCGCCAGCGUGCGCCAGCUGCUCUCCAAGUUCGAGCUGAAGGAGGAGGGCGACGGUGCCGAGGAGGGCGACGAGUUGGUCGGGCCGGCCGGGGAGGCGCCCGCCACCGGCGUCCAGCCGGACCGCGAGCCCGUCUCGCGGAAGACGUCGCUGCCGGAGCGGCCGCGCUACCUGUUCUCGCCGAAGCCGUUCCAGCGUCAGCUGUCUGACCAGACGGCGGCGCGCGCCCGGCCGGAGGGCAGUCGCGUCAGCCCGCUGGUGUCGCCCGCCUCCGGCGCCGCGCUGCGCAUCACUGAGAACCCGCUGCACGCGGCCACCGAGCGGUUGGCGCGCUCGGCGGCCGAGCCGGCCCGGCCGCUGGACGGGCUGCGCGGGGGCUCCGUGCCGACCCACCAGCCGCGCGUCGGCUGCCUGCCGAGCCGGCCGGGCGACGCGGAGCCGGCCCCGUUCAACACGGAGAGCUUCAAGCGCGAGAAGACGGAGGUGAUGCAGGAGCUGCGCCGGCCGGCCGGCGUCGAUCCGCAGUCGCCGUCGCCGACCCGGCGCCAGCGCGAGCUGCUGCGCCGCAGUGACAGCGAGGCUGCCGUGUCGCCCUCGGCCAGCGUCAACGACCGGCUGGCGGCGGCGCGGGAAAAGGUCUCCCGGUUUCGCAGCCAGGAGGGUUCGGCCGCGCGGGGCCGGCCGGCGGCGCCCGUCCGCGACCCCACAGAGGACGUCAACGUGCGCCAGCAGCUGCCGGACCCGGGCAAAAUCCGUCACAUGGCCGCCAAGUUCGAGGGCGCGGCCGAGGGCGCCGGUCAGGGCGGCGUCGUCUGGUCCGUGUAG